UACAAUUGACAAUUAAUGUUUUUCCAAAUUUUCCAUUGUAAAAUUCUGUCUUCUAGCUGUCAAUAACAUUUUGUAUGAAGAAAAACUUCUUUCUACCUCAACGGGUGUAAUUGGUGUGUACUUUAACGAACUAAUAAUAAUGUCCGGACCUAAUUCUACAUAUCUAGUGAUUCGACACUUAAAACUUUACUGCUGUUUUCUAGAAUUUUAUAACUAGUAUUUUUAAUAAUUACCUCUUUUACUUUUUGGUUUACAAAAUUGCCUAUUUUUCCUGAAAUAUUCAAAGUGUUGGUUUGAAAAUUGAUAAUUUGCUUUAAUAAAUACUAAUUCAUUUAGUAAAUAAUGUUUUUUGAAAAUUUGAUGACAUAUUGCGGUGGCACUGCAGUUCUCAUUUGAAAAUUCUAAAAUAUUUUUUUUUAUUUUGUAACGGAAAAACUCACUUGAUAUUCAUUUAUUACCAGUACUUUGACAAUGCCGACGCACAAAACUUUAUUUUAACUAGAAGUUAUAAAAAAUAGCAAAAUCAAAUUUCAUAAUUUUUAGAAGAAGCUGAAUUUAUUAUUGAACUUCAAUUAAGAAUCAAACAUUUUAACGUCAAAUGUACGUAGAUAACCAGUAAUAUCCUCGUUAACUAUUUGAAAUAAUUGGUGACCUCUCUCACCAAAAAUUAUUUUUAAUAACAAACUGUCGGCAUCACCAUAAUAAUUUUAUUACCUAUCCACAGGAGAACUAGUUAUCAAAGAAACAGUGCCCUAACAACCAUAUCUGGAACAAACUGUGAGGUAAGCAAUUUACUACUUAUUCACACAAUUUUAUGAUCUACGAUCGACUCGUAAAUACCAAAUAAAAUUCUAUUUUUAACCGCGGAAAAUUAGAAUUUAAGAGCUAGAAACGCGAACAGUCUGAUCUGAAACGCGAGCGUCAGCGUCAGCAUCAAUUGACACCCAUUAAAUGAAAACGAACACUUAUUUCCCGUGCAAAGUCACUUAAACCGCAAUUAAUUUUGAAAACUGAAUCUAACUGCGGUUGCACGUGCAUUUCAAUUUAUUAACAUAUCGACAAAUCGACAAAAAAUAUGGAAAACAGGGCCAGUGACAGUGAUAGUACCGAUAUUGAAAGUUUAUCAAGUGAAGACAAUGAUGACACAGAUAAAGCAAAAGGUGGCAAAAUUCGAAUCCAACGGGGGAUCCACUGGUGUGGAGUAGAUGACGAUGCCCCCACGACCUCUCCUCCAAUCACCUGGCCACCUUCCAAUCCAUCAGCCAAUUGGCGCCAGUUACGUCCUGCCAGAUUAGGAAAUCCUUUACAUGGUACCAAAUUGCAAUUAUUCUCCAAAACGAAACACCACUUGGCUGUGUACCCAGACAGUGUGGUGAAAGGAAAUCCAGAUGAUAAUGAUCUACAUACAUUUUUGGAAAUAAUCUCAGCUGGUUAUCCGGGUCAUGUGCGCAUAAAAGGUCUUCUAACAAAUCUCUACCUUGCCAUGGACAAGAAAGGACGCUUGUAUGGAGAACCAGAUAUGAAUGAAGAUAACACGAUCUUUAUUGAGUCCUUUCGGGGGUCAUAUAAUACGUAUUUGUCACUAAAAUACGCACAUUUAGGGUGGUAUGUUGGUAUAAAGAAAUCCGGGAAAUUUAAACGAGGGCCGCGUACCAAAUAUGGACAGAAGGCCAUCAUGUUCCUGCCCAGACGAUCACGAUUUCAGUAAAAUUGGAACCGUAUUAUCAUAACAUUUAAUACUCUGUAAAUAGACCAGUAUUUUUUUUUUAUAUUACCACGACAUGUCAAUAAU